AUGAGUAAUAAUUUCAAUGAGAUUCUCGCUAAUCUUCUUAGCAUGAUACCAGUAUAUCCUAAUCCAAUACCUCGACCAGUAGAUAGAACUCCAAGUUUACAAGACCAAAUUGUAAAAAUUAGAAACAAGUUACUUAGAACCCGACCUUACAUGAGGAAAACACAGUUAGCCUAUACCUACUAUCUAGGUGAACUGAUAGAAGAAAAUCCUCUAGAGCAAAGAAUAAUACGACGAGAAGUCUCUAUCUAUUAUUAUAAGGCUUCUAUCAGAGUUUAUAAUAUUUUUGAAAGUCUUGGAAUUCAACAAAUCUUUCGAGCCACCAAUACAACACUUGCCAAGAUUAAUG